AUGUUAGUUUAUAAAACACCACUCACAAAAUUCUUCGUUGCUACUCGUACUGCUUUGGAUAGAAGUAAAAACUUAAACGUCUUCAACAAAAAUAGUGAAAUGAUUUUCCGCACAUUUUGUUUUAUUUUAUUAACACAGUCUUGUGUACUGGCGAUGACGAGAGAGCAAAUGAAAAACUCGGGUAAACUAUUAAAGAAGACUUGUAUGCCUAAAACUGGUGUCACGGAAGAUCAAGUUGGAGCAAUAGACCAAGGUAAAUUCGUUGAAGACAAAAAUGUAAUGUGUUACAUUGCCUGCGUAUAUACUACUGGUCAAGCGGUAAAAAACAAUAAAAUUAUUCACGAUGCAAUGAUAAAACAAAUUAACUUGAUGUUCCCUACGGAAAUGAAAGAACCAGCUAAGGUGGCCAUAGAGAAAUGCAGGGGAGUUGCUAAGGCAUAUAAAGAUAUUUGCGAAGCAUCAUUUUGGACUGCAAAAUGCAUUUAUGAAGCGGAUCCAGACAACUUUUUCUUUCCUUAA